UGAAGCUGGUUGCUAUUUGGAAAAUAUUUUCCCUUCUUGGCGCUACCAAGAGCUGGAAAAUUCUUGUAUCCUGUGGCAAACAAUUUCCACCGGCGUGCGCAAAACGGUGUGAGUGUUUUAAGCCCUAGUAGAGGGAAUCCGUAGAAUUGCAGUUUCGCAGCACGGUCUUCGUUCGUCGUUGUCCGUACACAUUUUCACCAUGGAGGAAGUGACAAUCGAAAGAGCGGCCGAGGAGAAAAAAAAUGCUGGUAAUGAUGAAUACAAAUCAAAACGUUACGAUGCAGCCAUUCGCCUGUACACGGAGGCAAUCAAUCUUAGCCCGGAAACUGCUGCCUACUAUGGCAACCGAUCCGCUUGUUAUAUGAUGCUUAGUGACUAUCGGGCUGCACUCAACGAUGUUAAAACGGCUACCACCAUCGACGACAAGUAUGAGAAGGGCUACGUCCGGAUGGCUAAAUGCUCGCUGAUGCUUGGCGAUGUCAUUGGCGCAGAACAGGCGAUACGCAAGUAUCCGAAUUUGGACACGGUGAACACGGCUUUGCGGGACGAAAUUGUUGGUGUUGAACAACUCCGCGGCUUGAAUGAGAAGGCAGCCAGCUCGUACGACCGGCAAGACUAUCGCACCUGUUUGUUUCACUGCGAUAGCGCUAUCAAGAUAGCUCCCGCUAGCAUACAUCUCAAGUUGCUCAAGGCAGAAUGCUUGGCUAUGCUGCUACGCUUCGAGGAAGCGUGCAACAUUGCGAUUACGAUAAUGCAGAUGCACAGUAAUAACGCGGAUGCGAUUUACGUGCGCGGUUUGACACUGUAUUAUAGCGAUAAUCUAGAGAAGGGCUUACUGCACUUCGAGCGGGCGUUGAUGCUUGAUCCUGAUCACAAGAAAGCGAAAGCAAUGCGCCAGAAAGCGAAACAGCUCAAGGAGAAGAAGGAGGCAGGUAAUGAAAUGUUCAAAACCGGCAAGUACCGCCAGGCACUCACGAUCUACAGCGAAGCGCUCGAGCUAGACUCGCUGAACAAGGAUAUCAACAGCAAACUGUACUACAACCGUGCGCUAGUAAACUCGAAACUUGGCAACAUCCGCGAUUCCAUCGCGGACUGUUCAAGCGCGCUGGAGUUAAACGAGAAGUACAUGAAGGCUCUGAUGCAGCGAGCCAAGCUUCACUAUAAUAUGGAGAACUUCGAGGAGGCGGUAAAGGACUACGAGAAGGCGUUCAAGCAUGAUCGCACCGUGGAGAUUAAAAACCUGCUCAAGGAUGCCAUGUUCCAACUGAAGAAAUCAAAGCGUAAGGACUACUACAAGAUUCUCGGCGUCACUAAGCAAGCGACAGAGGACGAAAUCAAGAAAGCGUACCGCAAGCGGGCCCUUGUACACCAUCCCGAUCGACACGCCAACUCGACGGACGAGGAAAAGAAAGAACAAGAGCGUAAAUUCAAGGAACUGGGAGAAGCAUACACGAUCUUGUCGGACCCAAUUAAAAAGGCCCGGUACGACAGCGGACAGGAUUUAGAAGAGAUGAAUAAUAGUGCGAAUGUCGACCCUCAGCAAAUUUAUCGGCAGUUCUUCUUCCCAUCUGAUUUUGGUUUCGGAGGUUUCCCAGGCAGAGGUGGCGAAGGCGGCAAUACAAAUUUUUCGUUCCACUUUGGUUAAGGUGCAUUCUACUGCUUCAUGCGUUGUCGAGUCUAUCAAUUUCGUGUUUUUUGGCAGAAAUGGUACAAGAAACGAUAUUAGCCAAUUCCCGAGGUACUAUCUUAUUGUUGUGAAGUAAGAAAUAUUGUACGAUGUGUGCGGUUUUUUGUUAGAUACCUGCUACCAACUGCAACCGUGAGAGCUCUUUAGGAUUCAUACAUUUUAUUAACAAUUGAAGUAAAAACAGAAUCUAUUUUGAGACAUUUUUGUCAUUGUUUAUUUGCAAUAUUUUAUUCAAUGCCAUUCUUAUAUCCUCUUCUUUUGUCUCAUAUACAUGCCACAAAAAUUGUACAUUUUUAUUAUCGUUUAUUUAUUUUAAAGACGAAGUGAUCAAAAUAUGAUAUAUAAAUGAGCACACAAAAUGAUCCAGGAACGCAGGCUGAACUGUAGGGUGAAGGGUAUUUUUGUAGCUUGUCUAUCAUUUUGCUGUAUACAAUUUUUCAAAAUUGUGCGCCGUGAUUUCGACAUGCGCGUGCAUCUUUUUUUAAUACAUUUUUUGAGAAAGCUAUCAUUAGGUUGAAAAAGCAAAAAAUUAGUCCCAGCGCAUUACAUUCGAUCAGCGGUUACUGAUCGGAACUGCCAAUCGAUAGACAGGCUAUUAAUGGGGGCUGUGUUAUCGCUUCGGAUCUCUGGACUAGGAAGAAUCGAAGUCUGUGUAAUGCAAAUUGCUGUAGCCUUGCCGGACAUACGACAUUGCAAGUAACUUUAUCGUUCUCCCCAUAUAUGUGAAUUAGUAUAAUAAAAACUAGUAACAUAAACCAAUAUGUAAUCCAACCGAGAAGUAACAAUUGCAUAACUAUACCUACAGGAGCAUUAAUGAUACUAGAGCACCGGGGCAGUGGGAAUCGUGUUAAGAAUAAAAAGUGCACCUUUCGCAACUGUGCAUGGUACUGUACGGAAUGUGAUUAGCCGUUGAUU